CACUCUCUCGCGCGCAGCUACAGCUAAAGUGCAGGAGCGAAGGAGAAACAAACGCUCGCUCUCUGAAUCGGUCCGUCCGCGAGGCGAGGAAGGAGCGAAGGAGGAAGGAGAGCAAGAAAGACAAGGAGGAGAGAAAGAGAGAAGAGCGCGGGGAGGAGGAGGAGGAUGGAGAGUUUGGGCUUUUUCUCGCUGGUUCUCCUCGCAGCCCGCACAGCUCACGGCCACCUCCAUUCCGAAUGCUACACGGUGAACGGAGAGGACUACAGGGGGCGCCAGAACCUGACGAGUCUGCAGGGAGGAAAACCGUGUCUAUUCUGGAACGAGACCUUCGAGCAUCCGUACAACACCGUCAAAUACCCCAACGGAGAGGGAGGACUGGGCGCUCACAACUUCUGCAGGAAUCCUGAUGGGGACGUGCGUCCGUGGUGUUAUAUUGCGGAUCAGGAAGAUGGGAUCUACUGGAAGUUCUGUGAGAUUCCGAGCUGUCAGAUGCCGGGUAUUUUGGGAUGUUUUAAGGACAAUGGUCACCCCCCUCCGCUGGCCGAGAGCUAUCAGACCUCACAGACUCUCACCAUCCAGAACUGCAUCAGCUUCUGCCGCAACCAGAGAUACAGGCUCGCCGGGAUGGAGUCGGGCUACGCCUGUUUCUGUGGCAACGACCUUGACUACCAUCUCCAUCUCCCCAGUUUGGAGUGUAGCCAUGUGUGUUUUGGGGACCAGCAGCAGCCCUGCGGCGGAGACGGACACGUCAUCGUCUUCGACACUAAAGUGGGAGCGUGUGGUGGGAACUACACGUCUCAGUCUGCCGUCAUCUACUCACCGGACUUUCCAGACAAGUAUGCGGCUGGACGGGUCUGCUACUGGACCAUCCAGGUUCCGGCCGCUUCAUUCAUUCUCUUCAAUUUCACCUUCUUCAGUAUCAUGGACCAGGCCGACAUGGUGGAGCUCCUGGAUGGUUACGCUAAUCAGGUGGUGGUGAGAUUCGAUGGCCGAAAUCCACCGCGGGAAAUCGUCAACAUCACCGUCGACUUCGUCAUCCUGUACUUUUACUCGGACAGGACGAACCAGGCUCAGGGCUUCUCCUUGAUCUACCAAGCAUUCAGAGUUCAGGACAGCAGAGCUGCUGAAGAUGAAGAUGAUGAUGAAGCUGCCAGCACUGUGGAGCCGUGGUCCAGCAGCACUACAGAGAAAACCAACAGCACCCAGAACGAGAAGACAUCCCAGAUCCUCGUCAUCACGUCCAGCCCCGGGAAAGUGCAGAACGACAUGCCAGGUCAGUGGCUCGGACACGGCCGGACACCGGGCCACAGCACCAUGUGGACCAUCUACGCUCUCGCCGCCCUGCUGACGCUGACUGUCUUAGCCAUGGUGGCCAAACUGCUCCUGCACGUCACAGUAAAAUCUCCCACGAUCCCCUCCAUCAGUGGGUCGGAGUCUUGCGCUCAGAGCGCAGCAUCUGAGCCCUGGAUCAUCCUGUACAGACCCUCCACCAUCUCCCUCUUCAAGAAGAAGCUGAAGAACCACCACGGGGACCUCAGCCCGCUGGUGGGGAACUAACCACCACACUGCUGGUGGGGGACGGACCACCACUCUGCUGGACUGGAGAGCUGCUGGUGGCCUUUGCAGAUCACUCACAGAUACAUAUAUAUACUCUCACUCACAGGCUGUGUAGAACACUGACCCUUCACUGGGGGUCUGACGGACCCCUGACUGACUAGUGCAGUCAUUUGAAAUCAAAACACUUGAGCGCUGGAUGAGCAAAAUGACUCGUCUUGCCCGGACAUAUGAUCUGAUGGUGGCGAAUCCAAAGGGAAUCUGACUGGCGGAGGUGUGUUAGAGGUUUGGCCUGCCAUGGACAAUGAGGACGCAUCACUGACCCGUUAAUAAAUACUGCCUGAAAGUGACUGGACACCAAGGCUUUUCCUUUCUCAGCUGUGGACAAAAACUAAGACCGAUAAAAGUUGCUGAGCAGCAGAAUCAACGUGAAACAGCUGCUGCUUUUCUCAGUUGUGGACCUAAAAAGACAAAAUAAAAGUCUUUGGAAAGCAGAAAAAGUUUUCUUUGUGCUGUUAUGGACAGAAAAGACCAAAAGUCUUGGGACAGUUUUGAGGACGAGGCUGUUUUUUCUGCUGUUUUUUGGACCAAAAAGCCUAGAAAAGAACUUGUGUGCGAUUCAGGGUCUGACUGGAACAAACGAAAUCCGUAACCACGGAUGCGGUCAGCCUCGCUGGGACAGAAGCCGAUUUGUUGUCCGUUUUGUAGGUCAGUGAGCAGAACGGUGGAGAACGAGUGGGAGUAGAACAGAUCUUGAUCUCAGAGUGAACGACAACAGAACAGCAACAACAACAACAAACGAAGAAACAGAAGCCCAGGCGGUCUGUGGAGGGAAGUCGGUCACUGCUGCGGGUCAGAAACAAAGACAAACUGGAUUCUUUCUGGAACCUCUUUAAACGUUUUUCACUCAUUUAUGUUCUUUUUUAUCUGUUGUGGGUUUUGAUCUGUUUGUCUUCCUAGUGUCUGUAAGUGCCUUAAGGGUUGGAACGUCUUUAUUUUUCUGGUUUAUUUUCCUUUUUUACCCUGUGGAUCUGUCACUGCGUCUGUGGCUUUAAUCUUGUUUAGUGUAGUGUUUAGAAGUGAG